AUGAACAAAGCUAUUGUUUUCGUUGCAAUAAUAGCAUUCACUGUUGCUCUUAUGGAUGACACUGCUAUGACUGGCGGAUGGUAUAAUUACAAGUUCAGUAACGGUUUCUAGUCCGAUAAUUCAAACCCUCUUACUAAAAUUUUCAAAAAACUCUCUGCUGAAUUACAAGAAAAAGGUAUUUCUGACAUCUAAUUCACCUCUGUUACUUCUUAAGUUGUUAAUGGCUAGAACUUCAAGAUUAGAUUUACUUAUACUCAAAUUGAUUCUACCAAGACUGGCUAUUGCUUAGCUUAUGUUUCUUUCUCAGGAGAAACUUGCGAAAUCCAUGAAGUUGAAUUAGAAACAACUCCCUUAGCUUCAAACAAGGACAUGCAAAAUGGUGGAUGGUCAAACUUAAUUAUUCCUUCAAAUUUUGAAUCAGAUCCAAAUAAUCCUCUCACUAUGGCUAUGAAUAAAAUUUCCAAUGAAUUAAUGAUGAAAAAUAUGACUUUCGUCAAGUUUGUCAGUAUUUAAUCUUAAGUAGUUGCUGGGUAAAAAUUCAAAAUUUAAUUCUAAUUCUUAAACAAAAAUGGAUAAAUGAGCAUUGGAAAUUGUCUUGCUUAUGUCAGAUCUUGGGAAAACUUUGUUGAAGUUUCUGAAUUAUCCUUUACCAACCCACUUUAAUUGUCUGUUCAAGAUAAUUAAAACUAAAAUGGCGGAUGGUCAUCUUAUAACUUCAACGUCAGUGAAUUAUAGAAUGGAACUUCUAUGUUCAGUUCUGCUUAUAGCAAGCUCGUUAAUACUCUUCUCAAAUAAGCUAUCACAAUUGUAUCAGUUUCUCACGUCGAAUCAUAAGUUGUCUCUGGCGUUAACUUCAAGAUUUCAUUCAUUUACGCUGAAAAAAAUAAUUUGAAAACUGGUAAAGCUAUUGUUUACAUUCAAGAAUGGACCUAAACAAUCAAAAUUACUUCUUUGGAGCUUGCAGGAUAAGCAAUCCAAUAUUGA